UCAAGUUCAAGAAAAUUUCUGCAGCAGAAAAGUGAGAGAGGAAGUUCGACGCUGCGUUUUCCUGAGUUUGGAAACAUUUUUUGCGCCUCUUUCUUAUUCCUUUACUGUUUCGAUAUGGUAAUUGGCAUGGAGCGGCUUGACCUGGUGAUCCUCGGUUUGCCACGUGCCGUCAUCUCUAGCUCAGCCCGUUCUCAGUUAAAAAAACGUCUGCGGUGUUGCCGGUCUACAAUCUCUUCCGAGCUUUCUUUUUGCACUGGAACCGUAUGUGUUUGCUGGAAACCCAGAGUCAAAACAACAAAUGAAUCCGACAUCCUUGAUACCCACCUCCAAAUUCCCCUUGAACACUCGAAGAGUUCACUUCAGAGCCCAAAUUUCCCCUCCAUCGACGGCGCCGAUAUCCCAGCUGAGAACCACCGAACUUCAAGAACCGCCCAAGAACCCCAAAACAGAGACCACCAAUGAUAGGUUCCCAACCAUGACCGACAUAAUCAGCGCCUCAACGGCCCAGAACCUUGACAUUGAGCUGAAAACGCUGGGACCCUUUUUCAGAAUCACGGCCAGGAGCUUGGACGCCCGGCAAGAGCUCGGGAGGGCUGAGGGUUUGAUCCGGGUCUGGACAGGAGGGAAGAUUCUGCACCUGGAUUCGAUCAGGUUGAGGAGAGAGACGCUGGGGAUGGAGAGAUCCAUAUUUGGGAUAGGGCUGUUCAUUGGAGCUGUGGCCAUAAGGCAUGGGUACGAGUGUGGCUGCAGGAGGGCCGAGUUGCUGGCCAUCAAUGACUCGGAACUUUACCAUUCCAAGCUGGUUAGAUUUUACACGAGAAUCGGGUUCGAGGCAGUGCACGAGGUGACAGGAUCGACGAUGGGUGACAUUGCUCACAUGUUGGUAUGGGGCGGUGUCGGGACAAGGAUGAAUGCCAACAUUGAGGACCUCCUAAUCAAGUGGUGUACCCGUUUCAAGUCCCAGAAAUAAUUCUUCCUCCUCCGCAAUCUUGCUAGAGCAAACCCAAAACCAUGCUCAAGGAAUGUAAAAGAAGAGAAACCUGUGAAGCUGUAGCAAAUUACUGACUCAUCUGUCCAAAACUGUACAGGGCUCAGAUUUUUUCUUUUUCUCUGCAAUUACACUGGCAUAUAUUUUGUGAAUAAGUCACUCUUUACAAGCCUAGAAAAAGAAGGGACAGAUUGCCAGCAUCAUUUCCCAGUCCUGUGUAUGUAUCUGCAAGACUAAAUUGUGUGCAGGUGAAUCGACCCACAUAAGCGAUUCCAUCA